AUGGCAUCGCCUGAUAGCUUGCGGCGGGAGAAUGGUGCACUGAAUGACAACACUACGGAACAAGCGAUACAACCUGGAUCGAAACAAGACGUUGACCCUGAUACGGGUGAUUACUCUGAAGACGGCGGUGGUGAACGACCUGUCCGCCAGAAGCUAAAGGAAACUUCCAUUGCGGGCACAGGCGCUACGAAACAAGACCAAGAAUUCAAAGCCUCCGAGAUGGCCGCGAAGAAUGGUGAACUGGCGGAUGAGCAUAAGGCCGAUACGAACGUAGCGGAGCGCGGACGGCUGAAGAAGAAGCGGUCUCUCGACGACUUGAUGGAUGAUGACGGACAGCCGAGCCACUACGACGAAAGCGGGCAUCGAAGAAAGCGCUCCAGGGAUUCCAAGAAUGAAGACACUCCGGAACGAGAUAUGCAGCCGCAGGCGCCUACAAGUGAGUUGGAAAAGGUAAAGAGUCCAAAGAAGAAGCGAAGCAGAGACCAAUUCGACAGGGAUUUGAAUCCAAAACCAGACGAAGAAGGUGCAAAGGGCAAUGACGAUUCUACCGUUGGUCCGUCGAAAGAUAAUGCUAGUUUGGAAAGCUUAGGAGCCUCACCUAACAAUCGAUCGGACAAAGGUGAACCGGAAAAGAAGCGCCAUCGUGACAACUCACAGGAUAGGCAUGUGGAGGCAUCCAAGGACAUAACUACUGCUUCAAACGCUGCGCCGCCAAACGCAUUUUCCGACGUUUCAACCACGUCUCCGUUUGCAUCUUUGAAGACCACCAAAGCAAACCCCACGAAAGCAAGCGACCAGCCACACAAGGAACAAAGCACCAACCCCUCUGCUUUUGCGUCGUCUUCCUUGGCCGCGUUUGCGGGAUCGGAAACGUCUCCUUUCGGCGCAAUGGGGAGUGGUGCUUCUAUCUUCAAGAGCAAACCCAGUGUAAAAGAUAAUACGGAUAGCAAAACAAGCUCUAGCAGACCUGGUGCGUCCCCGUUUGCGGCUGCUUCUGGGCCAUCGCCAUUUGCCUCUUCCUUCAGCGGAAGCGCAUUUGCAAAGAGUGCGUUCGCAAGUGGGUUUGCCGCGGCAGCUCCUAAACCUGGAGAAGGGCUGACAAGCUUUGCCUCCCCUAAACCAACAAAUUUCGGAUCUACCACCUCUAAACCCAAGGCAUUCGGCUCAAAAGACGACAAUGAGGACGAAGAUGAAGAAGGGGAAGGCGAUGAGGAUGAGGAAAAGGGAGAAGUAUUCCAGGGGCUAGAGGAAGAAAAGGAAGAUUCGCGAUUCUUCAAACAAGAUACCGAGACUGGAGAAGAAGGCGAGGAGACUCAUUUUACUGUCAGAGGCAAGCUAUUCCACUUUACUGGUAGUGAAUGGAAAGAGCGUGGUGUUGGUACGUUCAAACUCAACGUAAAGAAAACACCCGAGACCGAGGGUGAUGAGGAAGAAGGCGGUAGUGCUGCCACCAAGUCGACCAAGAGGGACCUCCAUGCUACUGCACAGGAGAUCCUAGCUCAAAUGUAA